AUGAGUUAUCCAGAUGGGUUAAAGGUGCCUCUCGGACAAGGAAGUGAGCAGAUUAGAGAAGAUAUUAUCCAAACUGUUUCAUAUGUCAAAAAGAACGGUCCAAUCCUAGAGGAAGUAAAAAGGAAUGAUCCUAAAUACUCAUUUGUCAACCCUGACAAUGAGUACCAUGAAUUCUAUCAAUAUCUGCUAAGAGAACAAAAUACAGCCCGAAGCACUAAUGUUGCAAAAGGUGACCUUGAACCUCUCGAAAAUAUGAAACCGAAAGUGCCGCAGGAACCCUAUGCAUUUUCAUUCAUGAGCUACGACAAAAAUGUAGCUCGUAGAGAUUUAGAAGCUAUCAAACUUGCUGCUGGGUUUUGCAUAGCGAACGAAAAGGCCGAUUAUCUGGAAAAGAUGAAAAAUCGAUUCAAAGAUGACCCAAAGUUUGGAUUUUUAUGUCCAGGGCAUGCACUGAAUAGCACUUUUGUACAGUUCUUAAACCAAUACAAACAAGUUAAAGCCAAUAUUCUUGCACCACCUAUGUUUCAAUUAAAGAAGAAGGAAGAUUUCAAGAAUAUCAUUCUUAAGAGGAGCUUCCAAAGAGGAGAGUAUAGAGAAUAUGAAAAAGAAGUACGAGCUGCAAAGGACGAGACCUUGAAGUUACAUAAAAUUCAAUUUGCUGCAAUUGAUUGGUCCAAUUUCAAAGUUUUGACAAACGUCACCCUUCCGACUAGCCAGGAGCCUGAACUGAUGUUACCAAAGCCACUAAAUUUCAGCAAAUUAUCUAUUAAAAGAAUUGAUCAAGGAAAUGAGUUAGAAUUGUUUGAGACUUCAGAAAAGGACGUAAGCAACAAAGAUAUCGAACCUUCAGGAAGGAAACGUAAAAUUAGAGCAGCGGGCGAAACAAGACUAAAGAGGCGCAAUACUGCAUCACCCAAUGCCAAUAAUUCUCAUAAACAUCUAAUAAAAUGCCCUCUUACUCAAAAAAUGAUACCGGAAGAAAACUUUGACAAGCAUUUAAGAGUGCUUUUGGGCGAUCCGCAUUACAAGCUUGAGAGAGAGAAAUACGAGGCCAAACAUAAACUGACGAAUUUGACCUCAAAUGAAGUAUAUGAGAAUAUCAAAAAAAUAGCCAAAAAAUCCACUAACUAA